AAGGCCCCGUGCCGCUUUCCGCCGCCAAUUAACCUCUGCCUCUGGAGUCGUCCGACACGGUCACACUCGCACCUCCAAACUUAAUCACGCCGCGGCGACGCGCGCGUAUAUAGCCCGCUCCGCCCAGCGCGCACCCUCCGGCACGGCACGCACAGGAUUGUCUCUGUUUGUCUCCACGGGACCGAUGGCGAGCCACGGAGGACACGACCACGACGCGCUCUGGGCCAAGCUCUGGGAGCUGGAGCUGCAGCUCGCGGCGUACAAGCUGCUGCACGCCGCGCGGCGCGGGGAGGAGGACGACGCGGACGCGGACGGCGUGCGGGAGCCCGCUGGGGCCGGCGCCUGCCGCCGCGGCAGGCAGUACGACGCCUACAUGCGCCGGCGCGACGCCAGGCGCGUGUCCGUCGCCGCGGUGGCCAAGAGCCAGCAGCAGCAGCAGCAGAGGCCGAGCGGCGUCAGUGUCACGCGCGCCGGCGGCAGGCCGAGCCCGCUCACCGUCAGGUGCGCCGCUCGGGACACGCCGCAGGUGAGGAGGACGGUGCCGUCGGGAGUGUCCGCUGCGGCCACCCCGAGGAAGGAGCACGGCGCGCUGCCACUGCCCAGGAGCAGGACGGUGAGAGGCGGCGCGCCUGAAGCGAGGCCGCAGUCGCACAGAAGGCGGAACAGCGUCGGCGGCGACCUGGGCGAGUGCGCCACGCCGAGGCCGUUCCUGAGGCGCGGCAGCGGGACCGGCGGCGCGAUCGGGAACCUGCGGUCCCCGAGGGUGCACGACCUCCCCAGCGGCAGCCCGAGCCCGAGGCGGCCGCCGCAGGACCAGUUCGUCCCAAAGGUGGCGGCCGGGCGCCACCUCCGGUCCGUGUCGGAGCUGCCGCUCCACGCGACGGUGGAGUCGCCGAGGUGGGCGGAGACGCCGCGGCCGGCCCAGUCACGGGCCAGGAAGCGGUGGGGCAGCCUGGAGAGCCCGCCGCCGGCGAUCUUCUCGGCCCCGGCGGCCAACCCGCACAUGGACCUGGCCAAGGGGCUCCGGAAGCUGCUGAGCUUCGUGAGGAAGGGCAAGAGCAGCGAGCAUCGGCGCUCCGACGGCGGACGUGAAUCCGGCGACGGGAAGCCCGUGAAGGGGUGGACAGCUUGCUCCGUCCUUGAUGGCCCGUUCGAACGUGCGAGCCUGGAGGGGCACCGGUUCCCCAUGACACGGGCAGUCGGCACCUCCGGAUGAGGCGCGUGGGCUGGCAUUACAUGCCCUUAGCGUUUGUGACAGGCCGUCCACGGGUUUGGAGCAAGUUCUUUUCUCCUCCCUUUCGCUUUGGGUCCUGAUAACGCCCACAUCGGGUGACAUACUAGACAUCCGCCCAUACACCAUAUGUGGUGUGAGCAGAAGGCAGCCUACACCGGUUGUGUGUGGGCGAAUAUUAGAAUUACCCACAUGUGUGGGCGCAGCUACUUUGUGUCACACGUCCAGCAAGUACUACCCAUCCCUACCUCACGCGUGUGGCACGAAGCAAAUAUGCCCACACGUCCUGGCGCAGCUACGUUAGGUACCCGCGGGAUGACGAUUUAGUUGCCAUCCGGGAUGGCAAAUGUAGCUGUAAAAGCAUGAACUCUCUCUGUUUUGAUUAACUAUAGUUGCCAUGUCUAAUUUAUGGUAGUUGCCGCGUGUAAUCAAACCAUAGUCGCCGUGUGUGAUUAACUACUUGCCAUAAA